GUUUAAAGAAUAAAGAGAUAAGAUAAAUCAGCUAAACGCCUCCCCAAACAAUAGACAAAAGGGCAAAAAUGAGGACAGGGAAAGGAGCAACUUUUUCAUCAUUAUCAUCAGUUGUGUUCUGCUUGUUUGCUUUUGUUUAUGUGUCUGAACGGACGGUGCAAGCUCAGUCUUUGCCGCCGGCGAAGUACGAUGGGUUCGUGUAUACCAACCGCCAAGUUGACUCGGACACGAUCAUGAUCGAGGCGUUCUUCGACCCGGUCUGCCCCGAUAGCAGAGACUCAUGGCCCCCUCUCAAGCAAGCUAUUCAACAUUACGGUUCUCGCGUUAUGCUCACGAUUCACCUUCUCCCAUUACCUUACCAUGACUAUGCCUUCGCCACUUCCCGGGCCUUGCACAUUGUAAAUUUGCUCAAUCCUUCUGCUACUUUCACACUGUUGGAGAGCUUCUUCGAGCAUCAGGAGAGGUUUUACAAUGACCAAACACGCAACAUGUCGAGAGUUGCUGUUGUGAAUGAAAUCAUAAAGUUUACAGCAGAAUCAGUUGGAAACUCCUAUUAUUCUGCAAUUGAAUCAGGUUUCAGUGACAGGAAAACUGAUCUUAAAACAAGAGUUUCUUUCAAGUAUAGUGCCUCAAGAGGAGUAUUUGGGACACCUUCUUUCUACAUCAAUGGAUUUGCAUUGCCUGAUCCUGGCUCCGCAAUAGACUAUAAGGGAUGGAGAAGCAUCAUUGAUCCAUUGCUUGUUGCACGGGGCAGAAAGAGUGACAAUUCUCGGCACUUAUUUUUUUGAAGAAGUCCGCAAUAUAUCAGGACACAUUCUUCAGGUGGUAUCCGCUUGAUGUAUGAUAGUGAAUGAACACUGUUCAAGUAAUGUUGGAUGUUCUGUAGUUCAAGUAGCUGCCAAAGACAUAGGAUAUCCUAAAUAAAUGGUUUUUAUUAUCACAUUAUUGGCAGUGAUUUGGGAGUUUCAAAAGUGGAUUUUGUACUAAAACAAUGGCUAAUGAUGUAUAUAAUUCAUAAUGAAAGUAGAUUAUGUGUAUCAA